UUUGCAUGAAACAAUCCACGUGCCGUCACCCCUAAUCUCUGUUUUCUCUCUUUCGUUACCCCUCGCAACUUGGAAAAAAAGAAAGAAAGAAUAGGUCACUGCCAGUCAGUUUCAAUCCCCUUGGUUUUCUCGAGAAAAUCAAAACCCCCAGAAAAGGGAAAAAAACAACAACAACAAAGGGCCGUGGUGAAUUUUCUUUUCAAAACAAAAUAAAACCCAGAAGACUGGAUUUCCUGAGAGAAAGAGAGGUAGAUAGGAAGCUGAGAGACAAAAGGAGAGUUAACCGAUUAAACGAAAGCGCUGAAAAUGCCCUGAAUCAAAGGCGGCCCAGCACCACCGCCGACCCAGUUUCUCUGUCUCUUCUACUCCCAUAACUCUCUCUCUCUCUCUCUCUCUCUCUCACCCUUGAAUCUGGUACUUAUUAGUCUUCAUUUUUUUAAUAUUUUCUUCUUCUUUUUUAGCUCUGUUUUUUGCUUUUAGAAAAUACCCUUUUAUGUAAAAGAGGUUUUAUUUCUGUUUCUCAGAGAUUUUAUGUGAAUUCUAGUAUGUUUUUAAGGAAAUAAACAAAACCCAGAAACCAAAACCCUACGUUUAUCUCUUCCGCACUUGAUUUGCACUAAUCUAAGCUUAUAUCCCAUUUAGCUGAAUCCUGUGUUCUAGAUUAUGGCAUUUGAUCACAGCGCAAUUCCAAAAGAUCUAAGACCAUUGAAUGUAGCUAGAACUGUAACUGAAGAGCCCCGCAUUGCAGCUACUAGUAAUGUCAGUGGUAGAAAUAUUGAAGGGUUCUUUCCCAACCCAUCUCGGGAGCCUGGAAGUCCUGGUACCAUGCCUGGCUUUUAUCCAGCAACUAUGGCUAAUGCUGGUUUUGUAGGUUUAGGGUAUGCAAAUGCAGUGCCCCUGGCACCGGGUGCCCCUGCAUGGAGGCCUCCCAUGCCCAUGCCUAUGCAUGUGCCUGUGCCAGUGGGGCGUCCAAGUAUAAACCCGGUUGUUGGGUUUAGUUAUAAUCCCAAUUUGAGCAAUAUGGUAGUUGGUAAUGCUGUGGAUCAGGUCAGUAAUGAUGUGGUAGCUGGGCAAGGUUUUAGUCCUAGUUUGGGCAAUAGAAAUUGUGGGAAUGGGAGUGAUCAGGCGAGUAAUGAUAUUGCGUCAACAGGUUUUGGACAGAGUUCAAAUAUUGGAAACAGGGGUAGUGGUAAUGAGAUUGAUCAGUUGAAUAAUGAAUUGUCAGGUGGGUUUACUUAUAAACCAAAUUUAGGACUUAGAAGCAAUGGCAGUGGGGCUGAUCAGGUGAGUGAUGAGGGCGGGGGUGAUUCGGUGUCAGGAAAAAAGGUUAAGAUUUUGUGUAGUUUUGGGGGAAAGAUAUUGCCUAGACCUAGUGAUGGGGUGUUGCGAUAUGUUGGGGGGCAGACAAGGAUUAUUAGUCUUCGGAGAGAUGUGAGUUUUAAUGAAUUUGUGCAAAAAAUGGUGGAUGCUUAUGGGCAACCUGUGGUUAUUAAGUACCAGCUUCCUGAUGAGGAUCUUGAUGCAUUGGUGUCCAUUUCUUCCUUGGAUGAUCUAGAUAAUAUGAUGGAUGAGUAUGACAAAGUGGUUGAAAGGUCUUCAGAUGGUUCAGCUAAAUUAAGGGUAUUUUUGUUUUCGGCUUCGGAGCUCGAUCCUUCUGGUUUGGUUCAAUUUGGGGAUUUAAAUGACAAUGGGCAGAAAUAUGUUGAGGCAGUGAAUGGAAUUGUGGAAGGAGCUUCUUGUGGCUUCACACGGAAGGAGAGCAUGGCAAGUCUUGCUUCAACACGGAAUUCUGAUGUUAGUGGGACUGAGGCUGUUGAUAGCAUUGGUGCUGGUCAGGUUGAUGUUGGGGGGCCUCCACCGUCAAACAUCUUGUCACCCGGAGGGAAUUCAGCUACUUCUCAUGAUACUGGUCCAAAAAUGAUGGCUCCGGAUCCUAAUCCUGUUGCUGCUUAUCCAGAUGCUUCUGCUGUUCAUUUAGGAAUUCCAGUGGUUAAAUCUGCUCCUCCACAAACAUUGUCUUCUCAACCUGAGGUUGAGUUAGAGAGGUCGAUGCCCCUCACUUCGGCACCGCAGCAAGUGAGAUAUGAUUCACCGCUACACUAUGCAUCUGCAUAUAUUGAUCCUCGCCAUGAUGUUAUGAACCGUUCUGAUUAUGUGCAUCUUGCACCUCAAAUGGGUUACUCAAGUCCCCAGUUGGUGGGCAAUACUGAUUCUGUAUUCAGCCAACAGCAUUUUUGUGACAAUGCUACCGCUCAUCAGUUCAUUCCUGCUUUGCACAUGACAAUGACUCCCUCCGCUUCCCAUGCUGGUAUUAGACCAGCAGUGGUUCAGCCACUGUUGCAACCCAAACAAAUUCCAUUGGAGAGUCAUCCUGGUGAAAGUGCUUUUGGUACAAAGAUAGUUCAGCUUCCUGUCGAACGGAACCAGAAUGUUUAUCAAGCCCAGAUUCCAUCCGCAAUGGUUGGAGGAGGUUAUGCCUGGCAUUGUAUUCCACAAACUGAGCAUGUUCUCUUGUCAGAUGGAUCCUUGCCUCAGCACCAAGCAACUACUCCUGAGAAGAUCUCAAGGCUUGAAGACUGCUGUAUGUGUCAGAAGGCAUUGCCUCAUGCACAUUCUGAUCCUUUGGUAAAGGAUACAAGAAAUAGCAGUGGAACACUUCUGGUUAAUACGAAUUCAACUUAUCAUAGUCUGCGUCCAGAAGAUGGUAUGAAAAUUUCACCAGUAAACAGGGUUGUGGUAUCUGGAGCAUUAGGGGAUGGCAUUGCUGAACAAGGAGCUGGGUUUCGACAGCUUGGUCACGUUGAUCAUCAAGUUGGAGGACUUCAUUCAGAGGCAGUUGGAUUCUCUCAAGGUCUUGAUGCACAAAAUGAAUGUAGAACUGAUAAUUCCGAUCAUCCUAGAAUUCCAGCAAGUCAGGGUUUAAUGGGUAUGGCAGGUGAAUUACAAUCACAGUAUGUUUUGCCGACUCAAUACCAGCUUAAACAGGAUGUUCCACAUCCUGGGGCAAUUGGCAUUCAAGCUUCUGAACAGCAAGUGGCUGAAGCCUCCAGAGAAUAUCAUGGCAAUAUUCCUGCUGUCUCCAAAAUGGAUAUUGUAGACCCUAAUCGUCUGAUCCCAAUUAAUGGGAUGAUGGAUGCUCUUCGGAUAAGCAAUGAGCAGGGUAAUUCACCUGUUUACAAAACCAGAAAAGAUGCCUUGGAUGAGAGAUCUCCACAAAUAGCAGGGAGAGAGGUGCCUUUGGAUAAUAUCUUUAACAAACCAAUAGACUCCAGUGAGAUAGUUAUUUUGGAUAAUGUAGUGACACAUUCACAACCCAAAGUUGGAGCUCAAAACUUGGAUUCCCUUGAAGUUCAAUAUGGGAACCCUCCAUUUUCUGGUCUUCAAUCGGCACAUAAAUUGGAUGACGUUUCAUGGACUCAGCAGAAGAUUGUACUAAAUGGCACUGAAGCUGCUCCUUUGAAUGCUAAUACCCGAUCUUCCUUUUCACCAUCUAAUAGAGGUGGUGAUGUCUUGGAUUCCUCAGAUUCACUCUUUAGCAAUCAAGAUCCUUGGAAUUUACGGCAAGAUGCUCAAUUUCCUCCUCCUAGACCUAACAAAAUUCAAACACAGAGAGAAGGAUUACCUACCAGAGACCCUUUUGGAGAGAACCAGGCAGUGAUUAUUGGGGAAUCUAAAGCCCAAUUGGAAGAUGAUGUUUACCAGCCAUUAAACCAUUUAAACAAGGAUUUCAUUUCAGACCAAAAACAGUCCGCAAAAGCUGAGGAACUCAUCAAGAAAGAACUACAAGCUGUUGCUGAGGGAGUAGCUGCUUCUGUUUUCCAGUCAUCUACCCCUUCCACUCCUGACAUACCAGCAGCAACUGAUGCAUCUGGUUUUGAGGGCAAUCAAGAGAUAGAUGGUUCAACUAGAAACAUUGAAAUGCAACAUAAAGCUAAAUUUGAGGAAAUCAAGACCAAACAACCAGACAGAACAAAUUUUGGCUUUCGAGUUUCAGAUGGCAUCGGUUGCUUGCAGAUUAUAAAAAACAUUGACCUUGAAGAGCUGCGAGAACUAGGUUCUGGCACCUUCGGUACUGUUUAUCAUGGGAAGUGGCGAGGUACUGAUGUAGCAAUCAAACGGAUCAAUGAUAGAUGUUUUGCAGGGAAACCUUCUGAACAAGAGCGCAUGAUUGAUGAUUUCUGGAAUGAGGCAAUUAAGCUUGCUGACUUGCAUCAUCCCAAUGUUGUGGCAUUCUAUGGUGUUGUUCUCGAUGGUCCUGGUGGCUCUGUGGCAACAGUGACAGAAUAUAUGGUUAAUGGUUCCUUAAGAACUGCUUUACAGAAGAAUGAGAAGAAUCUUGAUAAGCGUAAGCGACUUUUGAUUGCCAUGGAUGUUGCCUUUGGAAUGGAGUAUCUGCAUGGAAAGAAUAUAGUGCACUUUGAUUUGAAGAGUGACAACUUACUUGUCAAUCUUCGAGAUCCUCACCGUCCAAUAUGCAAGGUUGGAGAUUUGGGCCUAUCUAAGGUGAAAUGUCAAACCCUUAUCUCAGGUGGUGUCCGUGGAACCCUUCCAUGGAUGGCACCAGAGCUUCUGAACGGCAGUAGCAGUCUUGUCUCGGAGAAGGUUGAUGUCUUCUCAUUCGGUAUUGUUAUGUGGGAGCUUCUCACUGGAGAGGAACCAUAUGCAGACUUGCAUUACGGGGCUAUUAUUGGUGGUAUCGUAAGUAAUACACUACGACCACAGGUUCCAGAAGGCUGUGACCCAGAAUGGAGAUCAUUGAUGGAGAGGUGCUGGUCAUCCGAGCUACCAGAGAGACCGAGUUUCACCGAGAUAGCAAAUGAGUUACGGUCAAUGGCAGCAAAAAUUCAACCAAAGGGGCAAAUCCCACAAAAAUAAACGAAGCAGAAAACUCAACCCUCAAAUUUCAAAAUGAUUUUGGACAAUCUGGUUAUUGUUGGCAUCUCUUGUUUCCUUUGCAUUUUGCAUGGCAGUGGUAGGAGGAAUAAUAGGGUGUUCGUAAAUGUGCUGCUGCUUGGCAUGAAUGUACACAGCACAAGGAAAGGAAGGGAACUAUGUUUUCAUUUUCUUUUUCUUUUUACAUAUAUAGAAAUCAUAUUUGCUUGAUCGUGUCGACAUUAGACGUUUCCGUCUGAUUGAAGUUUGUGUUUAUGUGCAACUUGUAUUCGUCGGGAAAUUUUGUUAAAAUCAUAUUAUUGUUUUUGUCAACUUUCAACCUAACAGGGUUCAGUUGUUCCUUUUGCUUCC